ACGGAGUAUUUUUAAGGGCCCAGCCCCCUCCUUCUUUCUUUUCUUAUAAAAAUGGAUAAAGCACAAGUGACAAGCACAUUUAAACAAUUACUUCAAAAAAAGCACAAUAAAGCAUGUUUUGAUUGCAAUGCCAAGGGACCCACUUGGGCUUCUGUCACGUUAGGCAUCUUUAUCUGCCAAGACUGUGCUGCUGCUCAUCGUAAUCUCGGUGUUCAUAUCAGUUUUGUAAAGUCCACUCUAUUAGACUCAUGGACUCAACCCCAACUCGACAUGAUGAUACUGGGUGGUAACGCUAAAGCGCGUGAAGCAUUAGGCGAAACCGUCUUAAACUGUAAAGACUUGAAAUCAAAGUACACAAGUCAUGCCAGUCUCCUGUACAAGGAGAAACUACAAAGAAGGGUCCUUCACAAAGAAGACAACGUCCCAGAUACCAAUUUAAUUCAAUUAGACACGCCGCAACAACAACAACAACAGCCAUCGCUCAUUGAUUUCGACGAUACUCCACCCGUUCAUGUCGAACCUCCCACAACACAUGAUGUGGACGAUUUUGAUAUUUUCAAACCUCUAAAGACAACAACGACAACAACAUACACAGGCAAUUCCAUCUUUGAUGAAUUAGCACCUGAUACACAGAAAGAGACACCACCUUCAAUUUUUGACGAAUUAGCCGCUCAUACGCCACCUUCACCCAAAGGUAAUGCGGCGGUGGAUGAUUUUUUUGAUCAAUUUGAACAGGCCGUGAAACCCACCAAGCGUACGUUUAAACCCAAGACCAAUCAUCGUAGUAAAUUAGGUGCACGUAAAGUCCAAAGCAACGUAUUCCAACAACAAAGUCAAUUAGCGUUACAAGAAGAAAAGAUGCGAGAAGAAGGAAUGGAUGGAGAGAGUAUAGGACGAAACCAACGCAACCAAAUCAUGAAGAGCGAAGGGACGACGAUAGCGAUACCUAAAUUACAACCACCCACCUCAACACGAUUGAACUAUUAUGAAUCGAAUCGAGAUAAGGAUGAAAGUGUAAAGGAAACAGAGGAACGUUUAGGGAUGAUGUCACUUUCACUGAAUACAAGUAGUACACAGAAGAAGAAGAAGGAAGCAGUCGUCGUGGCAGAGGAGGAAGAUACGUUUGCGAGAGACAAGUUUGGAAAUGCCAAAGCCAUCUCCUCAGAUCAAUAUUUUGGACGACCUCAAGUGAACCCUAGUGGAAAACCGGAUCGAAAUUUUCAUCAACCAAAGAAAACACCCAUAAGUAAAAAGUUACUUCAAGCUGCAUCCAACAAGAUUCAAACCAUGUUGGCUGAUAUGGAGUAGUAAUUUUUGUUUGAAACUCAGAAAAGUGCUAUGGUUACAGGAAAUAAAUUCGAGACAACCCUUUUUUUUAUUGAUUAUCGUUAAUUCGAAAAAGAAAGAAACUCCUGCAAGCGCAUCUUCAUUUGUUGCUUGGUAGGAAAAUGUUAUUUGAGAUAAGAUUUUGAUACCGCAACAGUAUUAAAGCCUUGUACCAAAAAAAAAAAAAAAAAAAAAGCCUUGUAAACCAAUGAUGUCAAUAGCAGAACUGCUUUAAUAUCUUGCCUGAUAUGUCACUACCCUAUUCAGU